CUCACACUGUUAAUGUCUGUUUCCAGAAUGUCGAGCCUUGAAGAGCCACUUGGUCUUGGGGACCUGCCAAAGUUGAGUAUUAAUAGACUUGGAAGGUUCUGCCAAAGUGCUUGCAGAUCAAGAGUUGAUGACCACUGCAACGGCAAUUACACGCCCAGCAACAAUGGCAACAACCAGACAAUCUUUCACAGCAGUUCUCCGUCAUGGCAUAUGCAAGGCCAUUAUGCCGAUUCAUCCUGCAAUGGAAUGAAUAUGGAGUUCAGAGCUCUUCCGCAAAAGAUUUCAUGGGAUCUCCCGAGAUUUGUGAAGGUAGUUGAAGUUGGACCACGAGAUGGUCUGCAAAAUGAGAAGAACCUUGUACCAACAUCAGUAAAGAUUGAGCUGAUACACAAGUUGGUGGCUUCUGGUCUAUCCGUAGUUGAAGCCACAAGUUUUGUUUCCCCAAAAUGGGUGCCACAGCUAGCUGAUGCAAAGGAUGUCCUUGAAGGGAUCCGGCAGUCGCCAGAUGUGCGGUAUCCUGUGUUGACUCCUAACCUCAGAGGAUUUGAGGCUGCUAUUGCAGCUGGUGCAAAAGAAGUGGCAGUUUUCGCAUCUGCCUCUGAAUCCUUCUCAAAGUCGAACCUUAACUGCAGCAUUGAGGCGAGCCUUGCCCGGUACCGUGAUGUUACUUCUGCUGCCAAGAAACACGGAAUACGUGUCCGCGGAUAUGUUUCGUGUGUGGUGGGUUGCCCUGUCGAAGGCGCGGUGCAUCCAUCGAAGGUAGCAUAUGUUGCCAAGGAGCUUUAUGACAUGGGUUGCGCAGAGAUUUCACUUGGUGACACGAUUGGUGUUGCUACACCAGGUAAGGUAGUUCCUAUGCUUGAGGCUGUCAUGUCUGUCGUUCCAGUAGACAAGCUUGCCGUUCACUUCCACGAUACAUAUGGCCAAGCCCUUGCCAACAUCCUAGUAUCUCUUCAAAUGGGGAUCAGCGUAGUGGACUCGUCUGUGUCCGGCCUUGGAGGGUGCCCGUAUGCUAAGGGCGCCACCGGCAAUGUCGCGACGGAGGACGUUGUGUACAUGCUCCACGGCCUGGGAAUAGAGACCAACGUCGACCUUGGCAAGCUCAUGGACGCUGGCGACUACAUCUGCAAGCAUCUGGACCGGCCGUCAGGUUCCAAGACCGCAUCUGCUUUGUCGAAGCUAACCGGGCUGAGUCCCUGACCAUACCAUACACGGAAUUAAAAAAAGGGCAGACACUUAAACUGUCUAGAGUAUAUGUAUUUACGGCACAGAGCCAUUUUGUCUGUACACCGUCUCAGUUUACUCUCGGUUCAGGUCAGGUAAAACUUAUCAGAACCAUCGAUAUGUAACAACUUUGUAUCGUCAGUUCCUCAAAUGCCCUUCGUUGUAUAAUAGAAAAUUGUGACAGCAGAAAGA